GGAGUCAAUAUAUUUGUAAAUAUAUUUUAAUAAUACCCUUAUAUUGAUACACUUAUUAAUAAAUAUAUUCUUUUACUCACUAAUUGUCUCCAAACUUAGAUACGGGUUCUAAGUUGACAAUAUUUUGACCAGACUGAAUGUUCCAAAAGUAUAGAAAUAUCUGUCUAGCUUGUAUCAGAGAUGAUCAUAUCUUACCAAGAUGCGGACUGGCUGUAGAGAACGAGAAUUUUCUUCAACUGCUUGUAUAUCACAUAAGUCUAGUACUCCGAUGAGAAAAGAAACCAGUCUAAGCACUCCUACAUUAGCUGUAACUGCUUCAGAGCCUAGACAAAGGUCCAAGAAACAAGAACCACCAGAGUCUUCAGAAAUUGAUUUUUAUAUAAUCAAACAGAAGUUUCUGGAGGAAUUAGAAUCAAAGACACGACUUGGUUAUUCAAAGAAAACUGUGAGUCCUACUUUAGCACAGUUACGACUUACACCAGGUCGACCUAUUGAAGAAAAACGUAAAAUACUUAUUGAUAAACAUGCUGCUGCCAAACAAAAUUCCAGUAAACUUGCUGUUGGUGGUGGUGUCUCCAUUUGGCCAGAUAUGGCGAAGAUGAGAUUAAACAAGUUUGACCUACUCCAACUCAUAACCCUUUUCACUAUCCUCAUUUUUGUUGCCGCCUAUUUCUUUUUCAAAAUUCAUGGUUACACAUUUACAAAAUUACAGUUGUUAUCCGAGAAACUAAAUAAUUUUUCCAUCAGUCAUCCCAUUUUAAUAUCUUCUGAUUACAACAAAUUCCAUGACAGUGUAGUCUUCUGGCAUGCAGAUUUUCUAAAUCUGUUGGCAGAGGUAACUGAAUCAUUUGAUAUGUCACAUCCCUCUCGGCGUUACCAAAUCUAUAUUUUGUUGUACAUAUGUGGUGUUCUGCUUCUGUUUUAUUACCUCUUUGAAAGUAUUUAUGCUAAAAACAAAUUGUCACCAAACAGAAUCAGACGAUGGGUUUCCAUAUUGGCUGUCAUUAUCUGCUGGACUGCUUUGAUGCUGUUUCUCUUGAAAUCUGCUCAGAACCUAGAGGCCUUGAUUGAAUCGAAUGUCCACUAUUUAAACGAAGUUAUGGGAAUGAUUCUUUCAAAACAACACGAUACCGCAUAUUUCCAGAAUGUUCUGUUUUACUGGCGAACCAGAUGUCUACCCCCAUCCAGCCGAGGUACCCUCAGAAUCUUUGACAUCAUGUCAAUUCGAGAUUUCACAUUUUACCUGCAAUAUUACAGCCUUCCCCUGUUUACAGUUUUAGUGUCACCAGUUAUACGUCUUAUUAUGACCCUUUAUUCAAUGUACAAGAUAACGUGAUUGAUGGAGGAGAUGGAUAACAAAGAUUCUAAAGCCAUAAAAUUUUUUUUUGUACCUGUACAGAGAUAUUUAUGAUCUUCAGUGAAACACUGAUUUAAUGGAUAGUUAUUAUACAUGUGUUGUAAGAAGUUUUAAAGUAAAUCUUUUAUUCAAUAAGCUAUGAUAAUUAGUGAGAAUAUACAACAGUAAAAAUGAUAUGAGAUUUAUAAAGAAACAUUAAGUCAAGGAUUAAGAUUUAUCAUAAGAUUAAGUAAAGACUCACAUUUAUCAUAACAUUUGUCACCACAUUAUUUGAGGUCAUAAAUAACAUUUUAUUACUCCAAUCAAUGUCAUAAUAACAACUAGGUGUUUUUUCUCAUAUGAAAUGGUUUUAAUUCUGAAUCACUUCAGGUGACGUCUUUAGCCUGUUGAAUUCUUUAAUUUCAAUUACAAACAUGUUUGGCAGUUGAUUUAACUGCAUCCUGAGCAAGUGAUGUCAUUGACAUUGGUAUUAGUUCAUUCAUCAGGCUUUCAAAAUAUUGCAAAAUAAGGAUUAAUUAAUCAUACUUUCCAUUACAUAAGGGUCUAAUGGUUAGCUGCAAAUACCUCAGGAAGAACGACUUUCAUUUCCAAAGUUUUGGGAGUGUAGUAUAUAUUCAGUAGAUUUCCAUAUCACUCCAUUAUGUCUCUCUGGUUGUCUGUUACCAGUAGGAUGAUAUGGUGGUGUCAUAGAAUGAGAUAUACAAGCUUAGAAGCAAAAGUUAAUCAAAUUUUGUUGACAAAAUUUGGAUACUAUUGUUAGAGUGAAUAAACUCAGAGGUGCUGAAGCGGGAAUAUUAUUUGUACCUCACUAACAAAUUAUUUCAUAAUGAAAUUCAAAUUGUCUGGAUAACCAUUGAAGUUUUAUUGUUUGUCUUUUAUUUGUUUCAACCAUUUGACUGUGGCCAUGCUGGGGCACUGCCUUGAAGAAAUUUUAAUCAGAUGAAUUAACUCAAGUAUUUAUUUUUUUAAAGCCUGGUACUUAUUCUAUUGGUCACUCUUGGGGUCACAAGAGAUGUUGUACAGCCUGUAUACAUGAGGGCUUUGAAGUCUUUCCCCCAACCAUGACUUCAACUAUGGGUAGUGACUGUACAAGUGCCUCUACUUGCUUGCAGGGUAAGUUUGAGAAGCAGCAACUUUCCUGUGGCCUUUUCCCUGGCUGCAGUUUCGAGUGAUAUGCCCAGUCUACCUGCACCAGUAACAAACGGCUCCUGGCUUCGUCUCUAUGCAGUCCCUGGCACUUGAAGCACCGGCUCAUGAAUGGUCACUGUCGCAGUUUUUCUUCCUUGUUCUUUACCGGUUGUUGCACUACGUCACAGGCUUUUGCAGCUGCCAUCACCACUGCCUUCCACCUGGUGUUUUGUGUUGACAUGUGAGCUUCAGCAAUGAGCUCGCUCAUCGCCAUUUUUUCACUACCUGGCAGUUGUUGCAGUCACACUGAUAUGUCGUCGGGAAAGCAAUUUACAAAGGCCAGUUGUACCUCCUUCUCUAGACCCUCUCCAGUAAAACCAGAUAGCAUGGCCAGUCUCUGAACCUCAGCAGCAUACUCAUCAACCCCUGUCCAUCUGACCAUUCCCAGCUUAGCAAAUCCCUCUAGGUUCAGGGCCAUGAGACCUGUUACAUCAUCGAUGCCUUGUAGCCUGGCCACCACCUUGAUCUUACGGAUCCAGGUGAUUACAUCUUCUUAAACCAUUAAUCCUUACACAUUUCUCUCUCUCUCCAUUUUUUCCCCUCUCAGUCCUUUCUGUCAAAGAGCAAUAAGCUCAAAACAUCAAAGACUUUUCCAUUCUUCCUGAGCAUCAAACUAAUACCCCUACCUGUUGUUCCCUCACCUGUUUUUUUCUGUUUUCUGAAAAUUGGAACUAUAUAUAUAAAUACAUAAAAUUUGACUGAAGAUUGACUCAAUAUAUAAUUAUAUAUGUUGAGUCUAUAUCCAUUUACCAAGAAAGUUAUUUUUUACAAUCCUUUACAGUUGCAUCAGUUUGUAUCAAAGAUGUGCAUCUCAUUAAUAUCUUUGAAAAAAUACAACCGUUAUUUGAAACAACUGUACUGUUGCUUUCUCUAUUAAUAAAUGUGAAAUUCUAUCCGUCCAAGACCCCUGUAUCUCUGUCUACAUUUGCUCUACAUAGACAUAUUAUAACUUUUUGGAAUUAGGAUGAUCCCAGGAUUGAAAAUCUGCCCUUCAUUUGGUUCUUGAACAUCCAACAUUAGGAUCUGAUUUAAAAGCAUUUAGGUUGCUAUAUCUAGCAGGUAAAGAUUGGCUGCUUCACACCAUCUUGGUUGGCAUUUGUCAGAUGAUGUCAAAGAUCAAGGGGGAGAUAAAUUAAUUCGCUUCAUUUAUUUUACAUUGAGAUAAGAACUUUGGGAAAAAUUGGCCAACAGCUGGAAUGAUUGCAUUACAGAAUUACCAUAUUUUAACAUGUAUAAGGGACCAUUUUUUAUCAAAAAUUAGGUUUAAAAAAUAUGGGAGUUUCUUAUACAUGGUUAGUAUUAUAAUCCCUUACAAAACCUUUCUUCCAAAUUUUAAGCCUAAAAAAUUAGGGGUUUCCUUAUACAUGUUAAAAUACAGUAAUUCUCAUCUGUCCUUAACCUCUGAUCAAACACCACCAGGACAUAUAGUCAUUAUAGACGUAUAGCCAUGCUAUUUAGCUCUCUUUAGCUUUGGGUCUCAGGCCCAAUUAACCCUCCUCAGGAGCUAGCUUAAAAGUUCACACAGAGUGUGGCUUUUAAGCUAGUCUUUAAUAAAUGUAAAUGUGUGUGCACAUGCAUGCACCUUUUAGUUAUGCUUGUUGGUGAGAAAGUCAAUAAACUUGCUUUCUAACUGUGGUGCGAUGGAGGAAGAAGCCAACAAGAAGCAAAAGGACAGAAUGAAGCGUUGGACCUUACCUUGCCGAUCGCAGCGAGGUACACGAUCGCUCCUAAUCAGAACACGUCUUUCUCGUAACGUCGCUGUUUUCUCACUGGCCCCACGUGCUAGCCUUCGACCGCGUGUCGCCGACUUCCGAUCUGACCCUUCCGGUUUGGCCCUUCCGGUCUGGCUUCACCUCUGUUUGCCUUACCCCUCUCCACCACAACACAUAGCUCGUCACAGCCCAUAACACCACACUAACAAAAAUACCUUGUAUUUGUCCCACACAUGUUGCAUCAAUGCUUCCUUAUCACUUUUGCCAUCAAGAAUGCAGUGAGCGUUUUUCCUUCCACAUUCUACUUCAAAAACAGAUAUUUUGUGUCAUUUGAAACCAAUUCAUCAGUUCCUAUCAAACCAUCCAAACUAUACCAGAAUAGAAGCUAGGCAUUAGAAUAAUGAUGAUGAUUUCUGUUUUAAAAAUUAUAUCAAUUUUAGUUCAUUCAACAAGUUAACUUGUUCUGUAUUUCCUAAUUUUAUAAAACCCUACAACAUCCAACUGUUGCUAUGGAUAAGUGUCAUCACUUGUCAUCAUCAUCACAUCAUCAUCAUCGUUUAAAGUCCGCUUUCCAUGCUAGCAUGGGUUGGACGAUUUGACUGAGGACUGGUGAAACCAGAUGGCUACACCAGGCUCAAAUCUGAUUUGGCAGAGUUUCUACAGCUGGAUGCCCUUCCUAACGCCAACCACUCCGAGAGUGUAGUGGGUGCUUUUACAUGCCACCGGCACAAGGGCCAGUCAGGUGGUACUGGCAAUGGCCACGCUCGAUGGUAAAUAUUAUUACUAUGAACAUUAAAAAGUAGUUGUCAUUAUGGCUUUACUUUGACUGUGAUAAGAGUCAAGAUGAUUACAAAUUCCAUCUGUAAACAUUCCAUUUAUAAGCUUUUUUCUUUUUUUUAUUUAACACAAUAUGUCAUACAUUUUCCAUAUUAAUACAUUGCAGCACUUGCGUAUACAGAUGUAUGCACCUCUUAAAUCUAACCUGUCAAUUUAGAAGUAGGCACAAGGCAUACCACCAAUGGCUGAUGUAUCAACCACUUUAUUUUCACAACUAUUAUGCCUCUUUUUAUUUUAUUUUGCUCUUUAUAUUUUUAAAGAAUCUCCUUUUUGCUGUGAUUACAUUGUAGACAUUUAUUUACUUUUUGGUUUAAACUUUUUUUUUCUCGCUUUCUGAAAAUAAAGCAUUAAAACUCCAUUUCUA